AUGACCGCUUUCUUUCUCACCCUUACCUCUCUUUUUUUCCUUAUCAUCACAUUAAAGCUCUUGUUACACACAACAAGAUUCAAGAACCUUCCACCAGGCCCACCAUUUCUUCCAAUAAUUGGAAACCUUCAUCAACUCAAACAACCCCUCCACCAUACUUUCCAAACCUUAUCACAAAAACAUGGCCAAAUAUUUUCUCUUUGGGACGAGAUUAUGAGACUUAUACAAAAGCUAGCAAGAGUGUCAUACCAUGAUUUUUCAGAGGUAGAACUUACGCCAAUGUUUUCAGAAUUGACAUUCAACACGGUCAUGAGAAUGAUGUCAGGGAAAGGAUACUUUGGUGAUGAUUGUGAUGUGAGUGAUGUUGAGGAAGCAAGGUUGUUUAGAGAGAUAAUGAAAGAGAUUACGAGUAUAGGAGGAGCAACCAACGUUAGUGAUUUUUUAGGGUUUUUAAGGUGGUUUGAUUUUGAUGGUUUGGAGAAGAGUCUUAAAAGGAUAAGUAAGAGAGUAUAUUCAUUUUUACAAAGACUCAUUGAUGAACAUAGAUUUGGAAAGAGGAACACUAAUACUAUGUUAGAUCAUCUCUUAAAACAGCAGCAGUCACAACUUGAAUAUUACACAGAUCAAAUCAUCAAAGGACUUAUUAUGGUUAUGCUUAUUGCAGGAACUGACACAUCAUCUAUAACUUUAGAAUGGGCUAUGGCCAAUUUAUUAAAUAAUCCAAAUAUAUUAAAGAAGGCAAAAGAUGAGUUCGACACCCACAUGGGACAAGACUACUUCAUAGAUGAACAUGAUAUUUCAAAACUUUCUUAUCUUCAAAAUAUUGUUUAUGAGACUCUUCGAUUACAUCCAGCUGCUCCACUAUUAUUGCCUCAUUUUUCUUCAGAAGAUUUUACAAUUGAAAAAUAUAAUAUCCCACAAAACACAAUUUUAAUGGUCAAUGCAUGGGCCAUUCAUAGAGAUCCAAAUUUGUGGACUGAUCCUAUAUGUUUUAAGCCUGAGAGAUUUGAGAAAGAAGGUGAGAUAAAUAAACUACUUUCAUUUGGAAUGGGUAGAAGGGCUUGUCCAGGAGAAAAUUUGGCUCAUCGCACAGUAAAGAAAAAAUUAACAUGGGCGGAAAAAAAAGGAAUUACUAUGGGAAAAGAGAUUUCCUUAAAAGCAAUGUGCAAAUUGCGUCAUCCAAUGAUGAUUAAAAAUUCUUUCUAA